UAAAUUCGCUGCGUUCCUGGUCCGCCUCCUCCCCUCCCUUCUCCGUGAGCUGGCAUUUGGUACUUCUACUCUCCCUUGUAUUCUUUCUCCUCCCUGUCUCCACCUGACCGCUUCCCUUGAAGCGAAGAGGGGGAAGGAUAUCGCUGAAUUUCCAGGUUUCUUGGGCGUACGUGGAGGUGAAUUGGCAUCCGGUGGUUGACUUGACUGGUGGUUGGCCAGGCGCCGGAGAUGGGAAAGGGCGGCGGCUGCGUCCCCAGCAAGAAACGCCAGCCGCCGGCCAACACCGUCGCCGCCGCGCCCUCGUCGUCGUCCGCCGGUGCGGUGCCGCGGGACGCGCCCGAGGAGACCCUGGACUCGGCUGCCGGGGAGUCGGGGCGGACGCUGCGGCUGUACAUCGUGUUCUACUCGAUGUACGGGCACGUGGAGGCGUUGGCGCGUCAAGCGGCAGCGGGAGCGGGCGCGGUGGAGGGGAUAGAGGUCGUCCUGCGGCGGGUGCCGGAGACGCUCUCGCCGGAGGUGCUGGAGAAGAUGCAGGCGCCGGCCAAGGACCCCGCCGUCCCGGUCAUCGCAGCGCCGGCCGACCUGGAGGAAGCCGACGGGGUGCUGUUCGGGUUCCCGACCAGGUACGGCGCCAUGGCCGCGCAGAUGAAGUCCUUCUUUGACUCUACAGGCUCCCUCUGGGAAAAACAGAGGCUCGCCGGGAAGCCUGGAGGCUUCUUCGUCAGCACUGGAACCCAGGGGGGCGGCCAGGAGACCACUGCCUGGACUGCAAUCACCCAGCUGGUGCACCAUGGAAUGCUAUUCGUCCCGAUUGGCUACACCUUCGGCUCAGGCAUGUUCAACAUGGACGACAUCAGAGGGGGCAGCCCCUAUGGCGCUGGAGUCUUCGCUGGUGACGGUAGCAGGCAGCCCAGUGAGGCGGAGCUUGCCCUCGCCGAGCACCAGGGCAAGUACAUGGCCGCCUUCGUGAAGAAGCUUGCCCAGGCCUGACCUUGAGCCAGCAGAUGAAGCAUCCAUUCCACCUGUGUGCCAUUGAUCAACCAUUGUUUUCCUAUUCAGCUUCGCUUGCUCCUAUUGUCCCCAUAUAUGAACAGCGACCUUUAUACAUCUUUGAUCUGCCAUUGUUUUCCUUUUCAGCUUCGCUUGGUCAUAUUGUCCCAAUAUUUGCACAGCUUUGCUCUCCGAUUGUUUGUUGGAGUAGUCAUAUAGUUAAAUUGAGGUUUCUUUGUACAUUUGGUGACAUAGAUAUUGUUUCCUUGACAUAAAUAUUGUUUACUGCCCAUUUGGAAUAUAAGGUCAUGCUUGGAACUUGUGAGUUCUUC